AUGAAUUCCUUGAGAGGGAUCAAUAGUUUUCCAAUCGAAAUAUGGAAUCAAAUUUUGUUGAAUCUGGAUUUAAAAGAUAUAUUCCACGUAUCUCGGUGCAAUCAUCAAAUAAGAGAUAUUGUAACUAAUAAUGUAAUAUGGGAAAAUAUAGUAUAUGAAAUAUGGGGUCAAUAUGAACAAUUUGACAUUUUACAAAAUUAUAGAAAUAAUAACCAAACAUUCCAUUCAGUUAAGAAAAAUCAACAUGGGACUAAACAACUCUAUAAUUAUUGGUACAUACAUUUUUUGGAAAGAAUGUACAAUGAAUAUAGGUAUCUUAAGAUACUUGAUCAAAUAGUUCAGAAUCAGUGGAAAAUAAGUUACUGGGGUGACAUAUACAAGCUAUUACAAGACGAAGAUUUUAUUUUGUAUGUACCAUUACUUAAUGAUAUUGUGGAUUCAGAAUUCCUUACGAAAGAUAUUUACUCAUUUAGACCACAGUUCAUUGAUCAUUAUAGAGUCACUAGACUAAAAUUAUUAAAUUGUUUCAAAUCGUCACUUCCAUUAAAAAAAAUAUCAUUUGAAUUGUUAUGUGGGUUUAGACAUAAACUUUUGUUCCAGUUUAUCCUCUUGUAUAAGGAUAUUAGUAACUAUGAUAGUUACAACACAGAUGUUAAUCAUAUUUUUUUCCUUAAUGAUGAUGACUGUGAAAAAUUAUUAUUACAAUAUAAUACAAUGGAUACUGCGUUUCAUAGAUUAUUACCAUAUAGACAUAGAUUCUUAGAAUUGUUUAGACGAAUUCUAAAAAUUAGAAAUAGAAACCAUCGUGUAAAUUUCAAUAGCUUAACUACAUUAAAAAAAUUGGAGAUACUAUCUAAUUUAGUAAUGAAUCUAUUAAAAAGAAGUAUGACCAGAUUUCUUACAAAAAAUUAUACUGAAGAUUUAAUGAUCCUUAGAGUGUAUAGUGGUGAGACGAAAGGGACAUUAUUAAUUCAUUUAGCUAUUUUACAAAGGAUUUUCUUAGAAUAUGGGAUCAAAUGUCAGAUAUUACAACGCCAUCUUAAGAUCUAUUGUCAUACUAGUAAUAGUAAUGGUAAAAAUGGACAACAUUCAGCUUUUUUAUAUUUAACAGUGAUGCAAGAUUCGUUACAAUGUAAAAUCUUAACAGAACAUCAAUUAAGAACCAUCAUUGGAGAGACACAUUUUAAUCAUUAUAUGAAACCACUGAGCAAACAAGAUGCACUUAGAUGGUUGAAUCAUGAAUUUAUAUCAAAUCCCAAAUCAAAUUUUGAAACUAAUCAAAUUAAUAAUAUUUUUACAAAAUGGGAUCAAAUUUAUUGUCACAGUCAUUUACCUUUAUCCAAUGCUAAGUUAAGAGCAUUUAAUAUUAUUUAUAAUUCAUUAUUUUCCAAGAGAUUUUUUAAUGCUGGCUUAAAAUUACACCACAUAUUAUCUGAUUCAUUUGAUAUUUUCAUGGAAGGUAUGACUCCAUUAGAUUAUAUCCUAUUGGAUUACAUUCGUAUGAGAUUCACAGACUUGAAGAAAACAGAAAUUAACUAUAUGACAGAGGACAAUUUGCUGUUACAUCAAACGUGGUUAAGAAAUCAAUACAUGAUUGAAAAUAUCAGUCCUAAAGUUAGCAUAACUCUUCUUCAUCCUCCUUCUACGGAAGAUACAAUGAUAAUAAUCGGUAAUCUUUAUACUUUUAGUAUCACUUCAACGUUAACAUCGAUUGUCUGUAUCAUCAAUAAGGUACGUACAGGAAAAAAUAAAAAUAAUUUGAUAGUAGUGAUGGAUAUUUUUGGCGAUGUUCAUAAGGUUCAUGAGAAAGAUUUUGUUCAAAAUAUUAAAAAAAUGAAUUGGAAUACUAUUGAAAACCAAAAUCAAUUAGAUUUGUACAUAAAGAUAAUGACUAUAAUAGGAAAAUUGGGUUUUCUAUUUGAUCACAUUGAAAUUCAAAGACAUCAAUAUAUUCUUUCGCCAAAUUCACCUGAGUGA